GCAAGACGGGAGUCUGAGUAAAGAAGAGCAAUCUAGUUUGGGCAUUCAGUGUGCUCAGUUGAAUUGAUUCAGUAGUCACCACAAGAUUAGUUAAGAAUGUCUGAAGUCCCAAUAACACAUAUCUUACACAGCGGAUAUUCUCACGCGACUCUACGAGCAUGGCAAACUUCCGAUACAACAAUUAAACCGAACAAUUUGAUGUACCCUUUAUUUAUAGUAGAUGACCCUGAAGCAGAACAGGAAAUUAGUGGGAUGCCUGGCAUUUAUCGAUUCGGAGUUAAUCGUCUCGAAAAUCAUUUAAAGUCUGCCGUCGCAGCGGGAUUAAGUUCUGUCUUGUUAUUCGGUGUGCCAUUUUCAAUGCCGAAAGACGAAUUCGGUUCGGCGGCUGACCAUCCUGAGAACCCAGUCAUUUUGGCCAUCCAAAAGCUUCGACAACUUUUCCCCGAUCUACUCAUUGCGUGUGAUGUAUGCAUUUGCGCAUACACCAUCCAUGGACAUUGUGGAAUCCUCUGUGACGACGGUACCAUAGAUAAUGCUGCCAGUGUUGCAAGGUUGGCUAAACAAGCAUUAGCAUAUGCCAAAUCAGGGGCCCACGUAGUAGCCCCUUCCGACAUGAUGGACGGCCGUGUGGGCGCCAUAAAAAAGAUUCUGCAGGACAACGGUCUGGCCAGCCGAGUCUCUGUUCUCUCCUACGCUGUCAAAUUCUCUUCCUGCUUCUACGGGCCCUUCCGUGAUGCCGCGAAAUCGGCUCCAGCAUUCGGCGAUCGUCGUGCCUACCAGCUUCCGGCCGGAAGCAAAGGCUUGGCUAUGCGUGCUGCUGAACGCGACGUUUCUGAAGGCGCCGAUUUCCUGAUGGUGAAGCCAGGAUUGGCUUAUUUGGAUUUGGUUCGUCAAGUCAAAGAUAAAUUCCCCAAUCAUCCCAUGUUUAUCUACCAGGUCUCGGGAGAAUACGCCAUGUUGUACCAUGGCGAUAAAGCCGGUGCAUUCAACCUAGACAACAUGCUUAUGGAAAUUUUAUGUUGCAUGCGACGAUCUGGCGCCGAUGUCAUCAUUUCUUAUUUUACACCCAGGAUUUUGGAACUGCUCGCCAAAUAAGUCGUUUAAAAGAUCUGCAGAUACCAAAACAAAUCAACACUCAGAAAGUACAUAUGGUUAAAGAAUUAGUGUAUCCAUCUAUUCUUAGAAAAUUAUUAUAUAGUUAAUAUUCUAGUUGUAAGGUGUUAUCUGUUAACGGGAAUUUGAAAUACAUUAAACUGGUCUUAA